AUGACUGUUCUCUUUCAAGGCCUACCGAUCAACCGUGCCUCCCAAAUGCAGCAAUCCAAAUCCUCAUUCUCGGAGGACAUCCCCAUUCCGCCACACGCCUAUGAUGAGAUGGAGCUCUUUGCUAGUCAGGGCCGUCGAUUCCAGUCCCACACUACCUCUAGCCUUGGCAGUGCACAGCAGGGCUUGUCAGAAGAGGUGCUUCUAGCAGCAGCCCGAGCUGUCGAAGACAAUGACGGUAACGGUAGCGGCGGUGGUGGUCUUGGUGAUCUAGCUAAUCUAACUUCUGCAUCGGCACUAGACAAUCUAGAUGGAGUUGUUCAGUCCGCCUCACAUCACCUUCACCACCAACAGCAACUACUUCUUCUUCACGCCGUGGAGGGGGCCGGAGUAGGUGACUAUGAUGAUGAUGCUGUCGCUGCAGCGACCGCCAAAGUGUCGCCUGCUUGGACAGCAAAGUACACGUUGAGAAGCCACUUUGACGCCAUUAGAUCGGUGACUUUCCACCAUGCAGAUCAAAUUCUUCUCACAGGCAGUGAGGACUGCACUCUGAGAGUGUGGAGUCUUGCAAAAAGGGUGCAGGCAAAGAAAUCCUCUUGUUUAGAUGUUGAACCGAUGUAUACCUGCCGUGGUCAUACUGCUCCCGUUCUCUGCGUAACACUGCUUAGCAUUUCACCGACAGGCAAGGACAACAUCGUUUCGGGCCGCAGUAGCCCUUUGGAGACUGCUCUGGAAAUAAAUUUUGCCUUUUCUGGCUCCCUGGAUGGUGAGAUUCGCACCUGGCGCUUGGGUGGUCUCCAGCUUAUGCUCUAUGAGGCCUUUGAUCCUAGUGUUGGAGGACCCUUAUUGAAGGGUCAUUCUGAUGCUGUCUGGUCCGUUGCUGCUCGCGUAAGUGUCAUCUUAUUACCAUGGGACACGUAA